CGCGGCGGGGUGUGGGGAGCGCGCCGGAGCCUGGCAUGCCCCAGUGUGGACGUGAGUCACUCCGCGGAGCCCCUCGCAGCAGCAGCCGCCGCCCGCCAGGCUCCCCCCACAUGCCGGCUCCCCGCUGCUCCGGGGCUCAGUUGCCCGCCGCGCUUGCCCGGCUCCCCGCCGCCUGCGGCUGAUGCUCGCUGCUCCCCAGCUGCUCCGAGCCUGCCCGUGUGGACCGUACAAAGCCCGCAGCCCGCGCCGCUGUCCGGGGACUGCCUUGCCUGGGAGGAGCCCACGGCUACCAGGAAGGGACCAUGUACGUAGACCCGGAGGCUGCCGGCAAAGGAGUGCCCUCCCGCGAUGUCCUCCUGGUCUCAGCCAUCAUCACCGUCAGCCUUAGCGUUACCAUCGUCCUGUGCGGGAUCUGCCAGUGGUGCCAGCGCAAACUGGGUAAACGUUAUAAAAAUUCCUUGGAGACGGUGGGGACCCCGGAUUCCAGCCGAGGGCGCAGCGAAAAGAAAACCAUCAAUGAUCUAGACAGAGACUUUUGGAAUAACAAUGACAACACAGUGCAGCAGAAAUGGAGCUCCUACCCUCCCAAGGAGUUUAUACUAAACAUUUCACCUUACGCCCCAUACGGUGAUCCACGACUUUCCCUCAAUGGCUCUCUGCUGUCGGGCGCUAAGUUGGCCGCCUCUUCCGCUCCGGGGUUGGCGGGGGAGCGAGAAGGACGCCCGGGGGAGAAGCAGCAGCUCCGCGAGGACGGCAUGAAGAGCAGCCUGUCUGCCCACAGCGAGCCCAGCAAUGGGAAGGCGGGGAGAGGCCGAUGGCACACGGUGCAGAGCCACCUAGCAGCAGGGAAGCUCAGCCUAUCCAAUUUCGAGGACUCCACCAUGUCCACAGCCACUACCCUUGAGUAUAUCCCCACCUCAGCAGGAGACCCGAAAUGCCAGCGCCCGCGCACACUGAUGCGCCAGCAGAGCCUCCAGCAGCCGCUGAGCCAGCACCAGAAAAGCAACCACAGCCAGCCCACCACCAGCCAGAGCCUGGGGCACCUACAGUCUCACACCAGCUCCUCUUCCAGCGGCAGCAACCCCCGGGGCUACCGGAGCGGCCAGUCGCGGCAAGGAGUCUCGGCUGGCUCCAAGCACCGGACAGCUGGCGGCCGGAGCCGCUCCAACCCUGGGAGCUGGGACCACGUGGUGGGGCAGAUUCGCAACCGAGGCUUGGAUGUGAAGUCCUUCCUGGAAGGCCGGAUGGUGGUGUUAUCCCUGGUUCUGGGACUUUCGGAGCAGGACGACUUUGCCAAUAUACCUGAUCUGCAAACCGCUGGGAACCAGCAGGCGCAGAACUCUCAGGGGGACAAGAGGUUGCCGUCUGGAGGCAAGAUGGUGAACACAGCCCCUAUGCCCGGGCAGACCCAGCAUGACGAGUCUGACCGCAAAACGGAGCCUCGCUCGUCCGUCUCGGACCUGGUGAACUCCCUGACCAGUGAGAUGCUAAUGCUCUCCCCAGGCUCUGAGGAUGACGAGGGACAUGACAGCUCCAGCAGGGAGAACCUAGGCCGAAUCCAAUUCAGCGUCGGCUACAACUUCCAGGAAUCCACCCUGACUGUCAAGAUCAUGAAGGCUCAGGAGCUGCCAGCCAAGGACUUCAGCGGCACCAGUGACCCUUUUGUCAAGAUCUACCUGCUGCCUGAUAAAAAGAACAAGCUGGAGACCAAAGUGAAGAGGAAGAACUUGAACCCGCACUGGAAUGAGACCUUCCUCUUUGAAGGUUUCCCAUAUGAGAAGGUGGUGCAGCGGGUGCUGUAUCUCCAGGUUCUGGACUAUGACCGCUUCAGUCGCAAUGACCCCAUCGGAGAGGUAUCCAUUCCACUCAACAAGUUGGACCUGACCCAGAUGCAGACAUUCUGGAAGGAGCUGAAACCCUGCAGCGAUGGGAGCGGAAGUCGGGGAGAACUCCUCCUGUCCCUUUGCUACAACCCUUCCGGUAACUCCAUCAUUGUGAAUAUCAUCAAAGCACGGAAUCUGAAAGCCAUGGACAUCGGGGGGACUUCAGACCCCUACGUCAAGGUGUGGCUGAUGUACAAGGACAAGAGGGUGGAGAAGAAGAAGACGGUGGUAAUGAAGCGGUGCCUGAACCCAGUCUUCAACGAGUCCUUCAUCUUCGACAUCCCCACCGAGAAGCUGCGAGAGACGACCAUCAUCAUCACCGUCAUGGACAAGGACAGGCUGAGCCGGAACGAUGUCAUUGGCAAGAUUUACCUGUCCUGGAAGAGUGGCCCCGGCGAGGUGAAGCACUGGAAGGAUAUGAUCUCCCAUCCCCGGCAGGCCGUGGCACAGUGGCACCAGCUGAAGGCCUGAGCGGCAGCGGCUGAGAAUUCUUUCUGGCUUUCACCGCUCGGAGUCGACGUUUCUUGGCCAUGCUCUCACUACUUUAUGCACAACAGAGGCACCUGGGGAUCCCCCUAGGGGAUGAGCUCGGGGCUGACAAGGAGCUGAGGGUGUGAAGUUGGCAACGUUUCCAAACUCUGGGAAGCAGCGUUGCCCGCCCGCUGUGUCCACGGAGCGCCCGGCACCAAUGGGAGCAUCUUUAGUGCCCGACUUCCUGCUUUAGCCUUUCCUUCUGACUCGUUACGCCGAGAGAGAGACGCCAGCCCUCUAGGUGGGAAGAAGCCUCGGCGCCGGUUUGUUUUGGCCCUGGGGGGAGGGGAAGUGGUGUUGGCGCGACUGGCUCUGUGAGGUGGUGAGAGGAGGAGAGGCCUCCGCCACACGAGACUUCCUACGAGUUCUUCCAGCCCAAGGCCCGUUGGGAGUGGUCCCCCGAGGAAGCCAGCUUCUCCUAGGGGGCGCGUGGGCCUAGGAGGGGGGCUGGCAAGGGGGACGCGCCUUUCGUCUCCUUGAGGUCAUUUAUUUUUAAUUCAAUAAAACUUGUAAGAGUAAUAAGAAUAAUAUAAGUAAUAGCGGCUAGAAUCCCAUCCCGGCCAGGGCUGGGGGAAGCCGCGUCACUCCAACAGCCUCCUGUGCGUUUGCUGUGUGUGUGUAUAAGCGUGUUGUAAGUGUCACAUGUUUGCGUGCGGGCUGCUCACGUCUCUCUCGCUCUCUGCCCUGCCUGGGAAGCAACCCCUGAUCCCACAGGAUGGUGGUGGUUCCAGUGCGGGAGGUGGGGUUUUUUUAAUUGGCUGGUGCGUGGGGUUUGAAGGAACUGAUGCCACAUGGGGAGUGGGGCCAGUCUCUGCUGCCAGUUGAUGCUUGAUAGGGAGGGAGGCGGAAGGAGCCGGCCACCAGACAGGGUCUCCCCUCGUGACCACUCUGUUGCAUAUGGGAUUGGAAGCCAUAACAGAUGGAUCGGUAGCCAAACUGGGCUCAGCUUUAGGGCUAAUGAGAGCUUGACUGUAGACACCUCCCUCUGGCUGCUGAGGGCCUCAUCCUGCUCAAACUGAGAGAAUGUCCCAGCUCCCAAACACUGCCACGCUCCCAGGCAUAUGGACCCCGAAACAGCCCACCCCUCCAGCACUCAUCCCCCAACAAGACCCCAGACACCCUCACCACAAACAGACCACUCCUCCAGCACCCAUCCCCCAACCCGACCCCAGACACCCCACACCCUCACCGUACACAGCCCACCCCUCCAGCACCCAUCCCAACCCUAAACACCCUCACCAUGCACAGCCCACACCUCCAGCACCCAUCCCAACCCUAAACACCCUCACCAUGCACAGCCCACUCCUCCAGUACCCAUCCCAACCCCAGACACCCUCACCAUACACAGCCCACCUCUCCAGCACCCAUCCCAACCCCAGACACCCGCACCAUACACAGCCCAGCUCUCCAGCACCCAUCCCCCAACCUGACCCCAGAUGCCCCACACCCUCACCAUACGCUGCCCACCCCUCCAGCACCCAAUCUGCCCUAGGCCUCAGAGGUGCUGUCUGUGAAGGUUUCCCACUUGCUAUCUGUCUCCCCCUAGCUGUGGGAUUGGAUAUGGCCCCUCCUCCUCAAUCCAAAUGUGAUGCCGCCCCAUGAUGGGGUCUCCUGCAUGGGCUGAAGUAGCAGGCGGCCAUUUCACGGGGGCCCAUCUGAGCCCAUUCCAGGCACCUCACUGGGCCACGUCCGCUGGAGCAGCUGACUGGGCACCUGGGGUGCUCUGUUCCCCACCCCCCACCCCCCACCGUUCUGGGCAUUGCUGCUCAUUUCCUGGCAGUACGACACUGGGGCAAAGGGGCUGCACCUCGCCUAUGAAUGGGCCCAAAAGAACUAAUGUCACCCAGAAGCCCCUGCUAGGUGGUGAAGAACGCCAGAGCCCUGAGCGCUGGGGCAUGGGAACGCUGUGGACACAUCCCACCCCCCACAUGCCCACCGCCCACCAUUCCCCACAAGCAGGGGGCCAGACUGGCCUAGCUGUGAGCGCGCCAGGGCUGCUGCUACGCCACUGCCUACACCGCCCCCUGCUGGGAGCGGCUGGCACUGGCCUAGCCGGGAGCACCCCAUGGCCCGCACGCCCCGCAUGCCCCUGCCUGCUGCCCAGCACGUCACGCAGCCCCAGGGCUCUGAGCUGCCCCGGCCCUUCCUCUGCCCCAUUGAAGGGACUGUUACUCUCCAUUCCCGCCAGGGCUGAGCCGGGGCGGGGGUUGUGGUGAAUUAAGCAUCGGCCUCGCUCAGCCAGGGACCCUGCUAGAGAGCUAGCUGGAAACUGCCCGGCUGCUUUGGAGCCCAAGCCAUGGGCCUGGCGAGAGCAAACCGUAGCGCCUGCACAGCUGCAGAGCCUCCACCAGGUGGCACUGUAGGGCCAUAGGCAGAGCAGUGCCGGGGCUCUGGCUCCGGCUGAUCGCCCUUGGAGUCACUGCCCAGGUUGCUGGCCAGGGAGCCCCGCAGAGACCAGGCGCUUCCAGAGUUGCCCUCCCGCCCCCGCCCCAUCUGCGCAUGGGGCUGGUCCCUGAUUCCCCCGCUGGCAGAAACACAGCGCUCAGGCCCUGAACUAGACUCAAGGCAGGCGGCUGGUACAUGCCAGCCAGCUCCCCCCAAUCCCUGGUCCAGCACAGCUGCCCCCUUGCUAUGCAUGGCCCUCUGGGACCCUCUUUCCAGGGCCCCAUGGCUGCUCCCCUGCUGAGGCCUGGCCUCCUCACCAUUGUUCUGCAGCCCCAUGUCGCUGGUUCCCCCCUACCCCCAGCCACUCCUCUUACUGGGGAGCCAUAAAAUGGUUCACCUUCGCCACACAGCCCUCCCCCCCCGCAAAAAAAGUGUGUCCCCCCCUCCAAGCUGGGCUCCUGUCACCAGUUCACUAUUCCCAGCCCACCCCCUCCCCCCCCCCAUCACACAGGGCUGCAGUGCCCAAAGCUGGGUGCUUGAAGGGACUCUGCCCCCCACCUUGCUCUGGCCACCCUGGGUGUGUUGAGUGCUGAGGCAGCUGGCUGGGUGGUGGAAUAGGUGCUGAGGCCAUUGGGUGGGAGGAUGGCUGCUCGGCAGGGCGAGUGGGCUAGUUGCAAGGGUGCUGUGGAUGAUAGAUGGGAGGGUGAAGGUCCUUGGGGUGGGUGCCAAGACUGAUAGAUGGGGGGAAGGGUUAAGGGGUCCAGACCUGAUUGAGGGAGAGGGUGUCGGGGCUAGGUACUGGGACUGAUUGGUGCACGUGUGCCUGGGGUGGCUGCAGGGGCAGCUGGGUGGAUGGCUGAGUUAGGUACUGAGACCACUGGGUAGGCUGGUGCCUGGGGUGGCGACUGGGUGGGUGCUGGGGUGUCUCUGUGCUAAGUGGAUGGUUAGGUAUCGAGUCGGGUACUAGGACGUGUAGGUGGGGGGAAUGCGAGGGGGGAUACCAGGGUGAAACCAGGUAGAGGGUGUGCUCCCCUAGACCAUGGGAGCUCUGCAUUUAGAGGUGUCUAGGCUGCCUUGCAGCACUCAUGCCCGGCUGGGUGGUGGAGUCACAUGGCACGUUGCCCUGGGUGAUGACAACAUCUAUUCAGUUUCCCUUGUGAUGUUCUAGAACCCUCAGAGCUGGGGUGGGGGGCAGGGAACACUGUGUCCAUUGUUCGGUGAGAUCAUUAACGCCUACUGACGAGGCCAGCUGCCUCUCAUUAGCGGUCCUCACUAGGUCCAUGCACACGCCGUCCUCGCUUGACACUGUCAGUCUCACUGGCCUUGCUCUAAUCUACCCUUUUUUAGAUGAGAUCACUGAAGAGACUGUGGGAGGACACCUUGGGUGUCAUGUAGAGUCCAUAGGUUGCCUUGAUUCCUUUCCGUUUGUGGCAUGGAGGCUGCACUAGUCUAGCUGCCUGUUGAGCUCCUAGUGAUGGACAAAGUUCAGGUAUCACCAUGUUCCUUGUAGAUCUGCCAGCAGCCUUUGGAGCUGAGGACCUUGAGGGUUGGUUGACUCUAUUGAAGAUCGUAGCUAGGGCUGAUGAGAUGGCUCUGGCGUAGGUCUGCUCAGGGCAGGUGAUGCUGGGCAACUGCUUUAUUGACGGAAGAGCAUGUUCAUGUGUGGUACGCUGCAAUUCCAUUAGGUCCUGUUCAGUUUGUGUGUGAGGCCACCAGGGGCAGAGGAGACUGAGACAUUACAGGCCACAGCAAUGUCCUUGUUAUGUCAGUGGCAGGUCGCGCGCCAUCUCCAUUUCCUGGCGCAAUGAUGCUGGUAGGUUGGGUACCAGUUAGAGUGUAUGGCUGGGGGUUAUUGAAAGGUUGUUCCCACCCUUUAUUAGCGCAGGUCCAAACUGGAGGUGCUGUCAGAACUCCAGCCUCCCCCGCAAUCUCAGGCAUCACUGGCAGCUUUUAUUCUUCUGCCUCUAGUCAGACGAUUGUGACCAUCUCACUUGGACCUUGAUUGUUAUUCAGGCAUUGAUGGCCUCCAGACUGGAUUUCUGCCAUGCACUCUACACUGGCAGUCCCUUGGAGAUCAUCUGGGUUGUAGCACUGGUGCGAAACCUGGUAAUGAGCUGUGUCCGGCACAGUGAAAACGUUACACCUAUUCUUCCAGAGGCUACAGUAGAUUCCCAUGAGCUUCCAGGUGUGAUUCACGGUGUCAUUAUUAACCUAUAAAUCACAGGGUAGUUUAGGUCCUCGCUACCGGUGCAACAACCUCCUUGGGUGCCACCUUGAUAAUUGAUGUCACUCUCAGUCUUAGGUUAUUCAUGAUUUUAAAAUCUAUUGGGAAAGCCUCGGAGAAGGCUCUCAACGCACGCAUUCACUUCUGCUUCCAUCCAGCCAACAGAGCCCAAGGUUCAUAACCUGGUGGGCAUGAUGUAAGGACCACCUACUCUCUCAGGCCUUCCCUGAGUGGGGUGACUGAUAGGCUCUGUACAGUAGUUCACCUAUUUUUUAGGGCAUAAGAGUCUUUUCUUUGGUUGACAUAGUUAUUGUGUUAUGGUGUUUUUUCUACAUAACGUGCAGGUGCCUAGAGACAUUUGUGAUGGGCACAUUUUUAUAAAAUUAACAAUAAACCAUGACGGGAGGAUGGAAGAAGGCCUACAGGUGAUGGGGAAAGGGUUGGGAUCUCCUAGGAAGGGUUGGGUGGACUUUCGGUUCUUUCUUGUUCCCCCAUUUUGUGGCAUCACUUCUGAGCUGAGCCAGUUCUUCAAAGCCCAGAGGAAGUGCUAAUAGGUUUAUUUAUUGGUCUGUGGGGGAAGGGACCCUGGGGAAGAAAAGGCCACUUAAAAACGCAGAGAGAGCAAGAGAGACGGUGAGACAGCCCUUAGCGAUCUGCACUCAUUAGGUGAAAUAGUUACUGGUUUACUACAGAAAUAAAAACCAAACUCGUAUUGAUGUGGGAGGGGCGACAGCGUCUUUUUAUUUUUGUGCCCCACCCAUGCAGCUCUCAGCCAAUCAGAUGCAAGGAAACAUUCCAAAGGGAUACUUUUCGCAAAGGGGGACUUUCGCGCCAAAGCAAACUUGAAAACACGCAGCUUCCCAUGUCAGUAUUUGAGCUGAGCUGUGUUGAUGGGAAUGGUUUCUCACCUGCAGCCCUUCCUCUGCCUCUUCCUGAGCCUCCGGCAAAGUCCGAGCUAGAGCUAGUCCAACUAUGGGAUGAAUGAUCGUCGUCCAGAGCCCCAUUCCUUCUAAUAUACACUAUUGGUUAUUCGGCAUAGCUCGGGUGAUAGCGGUGGUUCACAACUGAAUCAACUCCUCACUGUUAGUCAGCGUGUGUAACUGGUCACCUAAAUCACUUGCUGAUGUUUCUGCUCCACUGAUUGCAUGAUGGAACCAUUCGCAACAGGAGGAAAAAAAUUAACCAACUUUCUGGUAUGAACUUUUGCACCAACCUGUGCUAAAAUUGUGACUAGGAUCCUGUGUCGCUGGCCACUGGCCAAACACUCCCAGAUUACAAGCGUGACAACCCUCAGGCAGCAGAGUGAACAGAAUUUGGCUCAUUUGGGCACAAAACUAUUCAGGACUCAAGGGGCAAGGGGCGUUUUACUAGUCCACCCACUCCUGUCAGAAGUCUGCCUCAGUGACAGCCCAGGCUGUGGCCAUGGUUACAACUGUGAGGUCUCAGCUUUGGCAUUGUGGCUCUUGCUGGACAGUGGAAGAAACAGAAGGGGGACGUGUGCAACCCCAACGGGAAAGAGUAAACUCGUCACCUGUGGAGGUGUUAAGGUGAGGCCAGCCCUGGGGUCCUCCGUGUCAGCUGCCCUCUGAACUCCUGCUCCCUGGUGGCCUUCCACCCCCCUCCAGGCUGGGGUUUGGCUCCACAGCUUCCAAAAUUCUCAGUGAAACUGAUUCAGUUUUGACCAUCACACCGGUCCCCGUGUGGCCUCAGGAAAACUGCUGCACCUACGUGGGACUCUGAUUCUUCUUUGGUACAACAGGGAUAUUCCUACUUCCAGCCCAGGCUGAAUUCAUGACAUGCUGGGAGAUCCGGGCUAGCAAAGGGGCAGGGGUAGCUAACAUCCCAGAAGUCCUGGUACCCAUUCCUGCAUUGGCAGCCAUGUGACCAAUGUAUGCAGCUAAUGUCAUGUGGAGAUGUAAAGCCACAAAAGGAACGUAUUUAUGCAUCAAACUAAAGUUUUGCCUGCGAUGAAAGUCCCUCUUUAAAGUGCUGGACAAUCUUGACAGAAAUAAUCGUGUUAAGAAUAUUUGUGGUUUUUUUCAUAUUCUCUCUCCUUUUUUUUGUAAUCAAAGACACUUAUAAACCUGGCAGAGGAGGGGAAGAUGAGCUGAACGGGUUUCAUGCUGCUGGCUAACAGCAAUGCUGGCACUGACUGGCUGAUAAUAAGCAGAGUGGUGGCAUGGAGGGGCAAUAGUUGCCAUUCAACUAAGUGGGAGGCAGCAUGUCUAAUGGUUAGGGCAGAGAGGACAUGAAGCCAGGAUUCCUGGGUUCUAUCACUGACUUUGCCACUGACUCACUGUGUGACUUUGGGCAAAUCACUGAACCUCGCCGUGCCUCAGUUUCCACACUUGUAAAAAGGGGCUAAUAAUACUUCCCUCCCUCGCUGUGGGGUAGGGUGUGAGGCUUAAUCUACAAGAACCAGUUUCGGAUCCCCAAAGUCACAUGGCGUCAUCCCCCAGUGCCACAAGAAACCCCACUGACUUCAGUGGCAUUUUUUGUGGAGCAAGGUGCUUACUUAACACGAGUAACAGGAGACAAAUCCGGCCUCUGAGUAAAGCACUUUGAGAUCCUUCAAUGAAAGGUGCUAGAGACAUGCAAAGUACUAUUUUCAUUAUUGACCAAACGGCCUCUCUGCCCGUGUUCCCACUGGGUUAGCAGCCGGGGCUAACCCGUUCCCCUUCCUUUCCCCAGAAGUGGUUUCUUUUGUAUGGCUGGAUUUCCAGGAGUUGCGUGUUCCUUUUUAACUCUAGAGCUCUUUGCUGUAUCUUGUUUGGGUAGCUCUUCUUCAUGUGCUGAUAACCAUCGAACUGGUGUGUAAAAUACAAGAAAACGAAAAAACAUAAUGACUAAACUGUAGACUUCUUUGCUAGCAGCAACGGCAGCAGCUGGGCUAGACACCGCUGCUGCCUCAUUUCUAUUGUGUUUGGGCUGAAGAGAUGUUAAACUCAUGGCGUUGCCGUAAUUUUAUAAUAGAAACAGAGAAAACACACCAAAAAAAUUAUAACGGGAGACAAAUAACCCAACUACUUACUACUAAGCCAGCGUGAUUUCAUCAUCUCGAAUGUUUACGAGGUAGGAUCGUUUUCUUUGAAGAACCAUAUUUUUGGAGACCUGGCCCCUCGUUUUGUGGAGGCGGCCUCUCUUCUGAAUAAUAAAGGACAGCAAAU